UCAUUUCAAAGGCUUUCUCAUGAAAUAAUUAUUGUUUGCUGCAAUUACUUUCUUUUACCUUGAAGCAUUCAACCAACAAACUCUUUGUUUCAUGAUACUGAUGAAGUUUACUUAUCGCCAGCUGUUGCCAAAGCCAGCUAUUAAGGCUUUCUUGAGAAUGAUUUUGGGUUCAUUUAUUCUCCCUCCUUGCUUGUGGUACAAUCUACAGAGAUGAAUUCAUUGACAUCAGCUUUAAUGUUGAUAUGCAUUCUACAUUAUUGGACUUACAAUGCUGACGCCAGAGCACUAGGUCCAAGGGCUCCAUUUGUGGCAUCCGGUCAGUCUGUUGAUGGUGACGUCUAUCUCGAUGUCGACGACGAUGACGGUACUGAUCAUGGACGAGAUGCCUUGACAAAGUAUAUAAGACAGGGACAACACCCGAAGGAGGAAAGAGUCAAUGGAGCACGGAAACUAUAUAAUGAUACCAAGAACAAUGCGCUUCAGAAACCAAUCAUCCCUCUUGCACUGAACACCAAACCAGAGAAAACACCUUGAUUGUCUUGGUGUUACAAGGAGACUGCACUUUCAACAUACACCAAUUUCUAUGGAAACACCUUUAUCAUCUCGUGCUUAACACCAAAUGUGAGAAAACACCUUG